AUGUUUUUUGANUCGGAUGACGACGUCUAUGUCCCCUACAUCUUGGGCAUGCUCGAGGACGAGGAGGACCCCGAGGAAAUAGCCGAGGGCAUCCAAUCGAUUCUGGCCGGAAUCUCCGACAAUGUCGACCAAAUCCAGGCCAUGAGCCGGGACAUCCAAGCCCAUUGGAGGCAGACGCAAAAUGCGGCGCCUCCGCCCACUUCCAGCUCGGAGAUCACUGACAAAAAGAUGCGGGAUCUGAGUGCUCAGUUGGCAUCGAUUGCCGCGUCCAAAACCGCGGCCUACACGGCCGCUCGAAACACGGGGUCUGGCCAUUUGGACGUGGAUCAAUCGGUGAAAGCGGCCAUUCUGGCCCAAUAUGCGGGUCGCGUGGAAGAUAGCUCGGGCGAGGAGGACGAGGAUGAUGAUGGAGAUGCGGCGGACGACCAUGUGAUGCGCAAUACGAAUGCCGAGGUCGUGGCUCGCGCAGAGGCCGAGAAACGGGAAAAAUGUCGAGCCGCAGCCAUGGCCAAGAAAGAAAAGGACGCCGAGGAUCGGGAAAGGCAGAAGACCAUGGCCGAAGACCGGAAGAAGAAGGCCCAAGACAAGGCGGCCAAGGGCGAACGACGAAAAUGAGGCCGUGGAAAAGAACCUGACCCAAUGAAGCAGAAGGAAGCGAAAUGAAACAAAAUGACACAUAAUGAACCGAACUACUCCUUCCAUCGAAUACAUCGUGCAGAGAAACCAGA